UAUAAAUAAAUGCCAACAUUCCACGAAGAAAAAACUCAUAUUUGAAAGAAAAGACUACGAUUCCUAUGUCAAGCUAUGCAACAUGAUAUAUGUUCACAUGUAAGAAAAAAUAUAAACUUGCAUUUGGCGUGUCAACGUUUGGCUCCGUAUAAGUAAACACAUUUUCUGAUUUUCUUAUUAUUUUCAUCUUUAGGACAUGUAGGCGGGUUCGAAGCUUUCUAGCCUAUGGUAGUCGCCCAUCUGCUGUAAUAUGAUUGAAACUGACUCACGAGUUACUCGUUAACUAUUCGUAAUGAUCUGAGUGAUUUUCCUCAAGUUGAAGUUUGAAGUUUCUCCCUCAAUCAAUUCUGAAUUUGCCUUCCGCUUUGGCAGACGGUUGAAUAGCCUAUCAAGCCUUGAUAUUAGAUCAAGUCUACAGAAUGAAUGCAGCAAUUGUAGCAGUGAUACUUGGCGUACUAUUUAUAGAAGUGCAUAGCUUAGAGGAUACGGAUGUAGCAGAAUCAGACCCUUCAAAACGUCAGCCUUCAAGAUGUGAAGUUUGCAAGUACCUGGCUACUGAACUGAUGUUACGCUUAGAUGAGACGGGGAGGAACAAAGAAGUUAUAGAAACUGGCCAUGGUUUGGAGAAAAAGAAAAGAUUUAAGUACAACACUGCAGAGCUGAGGCUGAUAGAAGCUUUGCAGGAGCCCCAUAUAUGUAACAAGAUACUGGAGUACAAUGUACAUGCUGAGAGAGAGGGGAGUCUGAGGUACUCUAAAGGAAUGAGUGAGACAAUGCAGACUCUGCAUGGAUUAAAAAACAAAGGUGUAAAGGUUGAGCUAGGUAUACCUGAAGAACUAUGGGAUACCCCAUCCGCAGAGGUCACAAUUAUGCAACGUCACUGUUUUACAGUAGCUGAGGAGCUAGAAGAGACUAUAGAAGACUGGUACUUCCACCAUCAGGAUGAGCCUCUCAUGAAAUAUCUCUGUGAAGAUAGAUUCCUUGUAGGAUAUAACGCAGAUUGUUUGAAUGAAACAUUUGUUCCUAGAGAAAAUGAUGAAGAUGAAGAUAAACCUAAAAAGAAGAAAAGUAAAAAGAACAAGAAUGAAAGUCGUAAAGGAGACAAUGGAGAUGUUGAUCAGCAAAAAGCAAAGAAAAAUAAAAUAAAGGAAAACAAAACUGAACUAUAACACAAUGCCAUAGAAUACACCUAAUGAAACAACUCUUUGAGAUUAUGAGAAUCUAUAAACAGAACUCUGCUCAAGUAGGUUCAACAAAGGUGUACAUCAUAGGAUCUUAACUAUCUUUUAUAGAGACUCAAUUUAACAUUCAAGGUCAUAGCAUUGUUGAAAUAAUUGGAAAGUAAUUGGGUUUGUGUCUGUAACAUUUGUGUUUUUGAAUCCUAUCGAUCAGCCCAUUGCAUACUUUUCUUUGCUAUGUGUAUGUGAUGAAGAUUGAAGAGCCAGUUUGAAACGAAUUUUAAUUAUUUAUGAAUCACUCAAUUUUGAUUAUCUAUUAAUCACUUUGAUUUUAAACCUAUUUUGGCCUCACUAGUAUAUACGAUCGGUGAUCUCCACAGGAUUUUAUCUCAAGUGGAUGCAAAAUUUUCAUUUUCACAAUUCAGACCAAAAUUGAUUUUUCUCAUUUUCAAGUGGGUGUAAAUGAAUUUUCAGGUGGGUGUUGCACCCACUUGCUUUAAUGCUGGGGAGAUCACUGAA